GAAAAGAGACCGUUCUGAAGAACUGUUCCUUCCUCCACUUUGCUGUUGUCUGCUAGAAUGUUCCUUCUGAAUGCGUCUCCUCUGGUAGCUCUGCAAGCAAAAUGGGGAUCCUUUGGAGUGCCAAGGAGUUAUAGAUACCCGGUCUGCUUCUCUGAGGCUGAAGGGGAUGUCACCAAAACUUCUGUGAGUGCAAAAGUUCAGAUGAUCAUAAACAACCUGCAAAGUCCAGAGUCUCCCCUGGGUAUGAACAAUGAGUAUGACUGUUUUGCUCAGAAGAAACAAAAGGGAGAAAAGGGCCCUAGUAACAGAGUUGCGUCGAGCGCCGCGCUGCUACGGAAACACCAUAAAUAUAACAGGCAAAGGUGCCCUGCUGAUUCUGACGGCUCCGAAGUGGAAGAGAAUGUGGAUUUUGGGCCUCUCCUUCUGGAUUCUGACAGUGAUGAUUCUGUUGACCGAGAUAUAGAGGAAGCCAUUCAAGAGUACUUGAAAGCAAAAAGCAAGAGUGAGCAGUCGCUGCAGAGAGACACAGCGUGUUCUGAAAAUACAGACAAAAGGUUUAAAAGAGAAUUCUCUGAGAGCAAAAUGGCUAAUAAUCUUCUCCCUGUGAAAUUUAAAGCUGAGGUGCUCUCUGAGGAAUAUCUUUCUGACCACUUGGGAAUUGGUAAGAGGCAGCAGCCUGCUUCUCCUCAGAGCAUCAGUAGCGAUGACUCUUUUGAGCAGAGCAUACAAGCUGAAAUAGUGCAGUUCUUGAAUGAGAAGAAGCAGCAAGAAAUUAGUAAGUGUGUAAUUGGGGAAGAUAAAAAAGAUUCCCCUGUGAGAUCUGCCUUAAAAUGUAAUAAAGAAACAACUAACAAAGCAAAUUGUGGUGCUAUAAAGCAAGAGUGUGAAGCGCUUCUCCUAAGACACCAUCCCAAGCUGAGGAGAACCAGCACUCAGCCCAAGUGUGUGAAGUCCAAAGUCCGAGAAGAGCCUGGUGAUUUCAGCCAAGUGAGCCAAGCCUAUCUGGAAAUGGCCACUGGUAGCCAGCCCUGGUUACUGAAGCAAAAUGAAGAAAGUGGAGCUAAUUUUUGGGGAACAAGGGGAGAACUCGUCACUGAGGGCAUGCCCGCAUCUGACUCGAGCAGCGAUGAUGGUAUCGAAGAAGCCAUUCAGCUUUACCAGAUGGAGAAGGUCAGGCAAGAGGCAGGUCCCUCAUCAGACUGUGCCCCUUUGCAAAGAGAACAAUUUGAUGCAAAGGGUGGAGCAGAAUUUUCUGCAAGCCUGACGAUGAGCUCAACAAGAAGUGCCUCACCAGAAGUCCAUAAAAGCCCUACAAGCAGCAAGAGAAAAGAAACUUGUUCAAAGUCAGCAGAAUUAGAGAGCACAAGCAAUGAAUUUAACAAGCUGUUUAAGCCACUGAAAAAACCUGGACAUUUUGCACCUGCGGAAAACAAGAUUUCUGCUUGUGAGCUGACAUUGCAGGCCUCUUGCAGAGCAGACACAUCUGCAGAGCUCAUGUGUGCAGAGGCUAUCCUGGAUAUUUCCAAAACAAUCCUGCCAUCCCAAACGGGAGGUGACGACAAGUCACUUGGUGCAGACUCUUUCUUUGCUCCCCAGCUUCUCUCAUCAUCUCACUGCGAAAGUGACAGCAGCCUUGUGGACAGUGACGAUAGCAUAGAGCAAGAAAUCCGGGCUUUUCUGGCUCUCAAAGCCCAGUCGGAAAGCCCUGGAACGAAGCCACCAAGUCCGUCACACGCAGCCCAGGUGCCUUUGCCUUCUGAUCAAAACCUCGCGGGUACCCUGGAGCCUCCUCUUCCCAAAACACUGAAGCUGUCACUGAGCCGUAAAAGGAGACUCAAGAGGGAAGACAGAACGACAAAACAAGGUGCAUCAAAAACACCUGAACAGUUUGAGAAGGGAUUUUUGCAGCCAGAUUAUUGCCCCAGAUUUUCUGUGCUCCAAGAGGGAUGUGCUCUUAGCAACCCUGAAGAGCUCUGUGAUGCCCAUGGGCUCAGUAGCAAAGAGAUGAGGCAGCAGCAGCCAAUAUCCUCUGAGUCGUCCGGGUCUCUUGGCAAAUGUGUGGCCUUGGACUCUGCAAACCCCUUUAUGCAGGUUCAGAGUAGCACAAGAAAGCUUAUUAAAAAUACAAUCCCAACCCAAGAGAGGGAUGGUACAGCUGAUGAGAGCAGUUCUCUGGAUAGUGAUGAGGAUCUCGAUAGUGCUAUCAAGGACCUAUUACGUUCUAAAAGAAAAUUAAAGAAGAAGCCUAAAGACCAGAAAACUCAGUGCAAGAAGAGAGUCAGAUUCAGCGAGACAGAAACUCAGCUACUGGAUGAAUUUAGUAGCCUCCAGCAAAACAAAUGGAAAUGUAAAAGUCCUGUGCUACUGAAAAGCUGCCUCUCAAAAUCUAGGAAAGCUAUGAAAGAGAAUGCAGCCAGAAAUCCUUCAGACAACAUAAGCAUCAAGCUUCUGAAUGAAAGACCAGAAACCAUGAAGAACUUGGAGUUUAAUUUGCAGCUUAAAAAAGGAUGUAAACGUAAACCAGUUUCAAGCCAGAACAACCUGCAGAUAGCUAAAAAUAAAAAAUGUGCUUUCACAGCUGCAUCAGCCGCUGCUGACAGCAGUUCACUUGACAGUGAUGACAGCAUCGAACAAGAAAUUCAGAAAUUUUUGGCAGAAAAGGCCAAAGACUCUUCGGGCAAUCCAGAGAUGCAAAGAGAUGAUGCAGCUCUUGACUUACUGGGAGUGACCAAGCAAAGUGCUAAUAAAGGAAAAGCAAAGCAACAGCCAGCUGAAAAUGAGAUUGACCUCUUAUUGGCACAGAGUAAAAAGACUAAGGUAUCUCCUCAAACGGAGGAGUCGAGGAGCUGUCCGAGAAUGGAAGGGAAAAGUGCAAUGUUACUUGACAGUGAGAGAAAUGCUUCACAUGCAGAGAAUGUGCAUCUUCAUACUACUGGUCAGUCGAAAGCUAAACAGGGAGUGCUGGGGGUUAAAGGUUUUGCUGCUGGUGAGUUCCCUGCAAAAGGAAAUGCAGCAACUAAAAAGGAAAUCUCUAGCAGAGAGCCUGUGCAGAAAAAGAAUCCACCCAAAACCAGCAAAAAUGAUGGGCGUAAAGUACAAAAACUUUUUAAAGCAAAGCCUAGAUCUAAAAGAAAGAAUACUUUUCACCUAAAGAUUUCAAGUAAAUUCAUAGCAGGUCUGAAAUACGCUCGGGACAGGCAGAAAUCCUUGCUUUUGAACAAAAGGCAGAAAGCAGAAGGGUCACUCACCCAGGGCAGUGCGUUAGGAGCAGAGGGAGCUUCCCCAGCUACGGAUGCACUUAAGCAGGGAAAAGAAGCCCUCUCGCCAAAGGGUGAAUUUGGUGGAGAGAAACAGACAGGGAUAAAAGAAUCCAGUUUUUCUCAAAAGCUCUCAGUGGAAGCAUCAAGUCCCUAUGUAGCAGACAUGUAUGAAAGAGUGGAGGCUGCUCCUUUGUGUAUCAAAGAGGAAGCAGGGGUUUGCAGAAAGGGUAAUUCCGUGGGACACCAGGCAGAUUCAGGUCUCCCCUUGCAGGAACAGAGUGUGGCAGCAGGAAAGGCAG